UUUUCGGAUUCCGCGUCGGCGCUGAAGCAGCAAGAUGCCGCAGCAUGAGCACAUGGAGAUGCACAAGAAGCGCCAUGGCGUGCGCAUGGACAUGGUCGAGCGCACGCGCAAGCGCGAGGCCCGCGAGGUGCAUCGCCGCUCGCAGUUUGCGCAAAAGGUGCAUGGUCUCCGCGCCAAGCUCUACAACCAGAAGCGCUUCAAGGAGAAGGCGGCCAUGAAGAAGACAAUCGCGAUGCACAACGAACGCACCAACAAGCACGCGAACGACGACAACAUCCCGGACGGCGCCGUGCCCGCGUACCUCCUUGAUCGCGAAGGUGUCUCGCGCGCCAAGGUGCUCUCCAACACGGUCAAGCAGAAGCGAAAGGAGAAGGCUGGCAAGUGGGACGUGCCGAUCCCCAAGGUCAAGCCGAUUGCCGAUGACGAGAUGUUCAAGGUGCUCCGCUCGGGCAAGCGCCGCAACAAGGCGUGGAAGCGUAUGAUCACCAAGGCGACGUUUGUCGGCGAAAACUUUACGCGCAAGCCGCCGAAAUACGAGCGCUUCAUCCGCCCCGCGGCCAUGCGCUUCAAGAAGGCCCACGUCACGCACCCGGAGCUCAAGACGACGUUCCAGCUUGACAUUCUUGGCGUCAAGAAGAACCCCAACUCGCCGCUGUACACGCAGCUCGGCGUGAUGACCAAGGGUACGAUCAUCGAAGUAAACGUGAGCGAGCUCGGCCUCGUCACAACGUCGGGCAAGGUCGUCUGGGGCAAGUACGCCCAAGUCACCAACAACCCGGAGAACGACGGCUGCAUUAACGCUGUCUUGUUGGUAUAAAUGAUGAUAUUAAUGAUUGAAUACAGUAUAUAUAGUCCGCAA